AUGAUCAUGGUGCGGGGUCCAAACCGAGCAUCAUUCAUGUUUGGGUCCUCGAUGAGGAACCAGAAGAUCGAGCGGACAUGGGUCGAUGUUGGCGAAGGCUUUGUCCGGCACUGGCGGGUUUUCUUUACUCGCCUUGAAACUCGCCAUGCUCUUGAUGCUUCAAAUCCAGCACAUUUAUGGCUUGUGCAGAAGCUGUUCCUUGAUGACAUCAAUGAUGAUGCAGACAAUUGGGUCAAGCACUGGAAUACACAUGCUGUGUCCGGGAAACAUCAUAAUCAAACACCAUCGGAUAUGCGCCACUUGGCACGAGUGACUGUCGGCACAUACGAAGACAAGUACCAAAACGACGAUGUGAAUGACCUCACUGAGUACUAUGGUGUGGUCGGCACCCCGAAGCGGCGCAGGCUCGGCCAGACGGGCGCAGGGCAUUCGGCGGACACAGACGAUGAAGAUGAGCCAAUGGAAGAUCAUUCCGAUGGCGAAGCAGAGGAUGUCCCCGAUGGCGGUGAUGGCGAUGAAGGCGAUGAAGUUGAUGCCAGUGGUGCAUGGGUUGCAGGGGAAGAAUACGAGAGCGCUCAUGAAGAUGAGGAGAGCAGUGACGAGGACCAGGGUGAUGAAGAUUACGAGUCAGAGGAUGAUGAGUUAGUCACCCGAAUCAUCGCUGACCAGGAGUCAAAUAUCCGCCAUGCUGCUGUCAAAGUCGCGCGGCACGCAAACCCGUUUCGCAAUCAGGACAAGGAAGAUGCAUUUUGGGCUGCUUUGCAGGAGAUCUCUGACCUCAAUUAUCUUCCUCGCAACCUGAAUAUCCGCAAUGACGAGUGGGACGAUGAUGGCUACCCUACAUAUGAAGACCUUGCCAUCGGAAAGCGCAAACAGUCCCUGCGCGUUGAGCUACCACAUGCAUUGUGGCUUCCUCGCGCAGAGACUUGGUGUCGCGCAGUAUCGAUUCUCACUCGGGUGCUUGACGAACUUGAAGAAGAGGCAGGCGAGAGUUCCGAGUCGGCCAGCGAAGGCACUAGUAGUACAGGUAUGGACGAAGACUAG